AUGGAGUACGUCAACCCUCUCACCGGCUUCCGCGUCGACGGCCGCCGCCCCAACGAGAUGCGGCAGCUCAAGGGCGAGGUCGGCAUCGUCUCCAGGGCCGACGGCUCGGCGCUCUUCGAGAUGGGCAACACCAGGGUCAUCGCCGCCGUCUACGGACCUCGAGAGAUCCAAAACAGGAGUCAGCAACAAAACGGUAAAGAGGCUUUGGUGCGUUGUGAGUAUAGAAUGGCAGAAUUUAGCACUGGGGAUCGAAGGAGAAAGCCAAAAGGUGACAGGCGAUCAACAGAAAUUUCUCUUGUUAUUCGGCAAACAAUGGAGGCAAGCAUAUUAACACAUUUAAUGCCACACUCACAGAUUGACAUAUUUGUCCAAGUUCUUCAAGCUGAUGGUGGAACCAGGUCCGCAUGCAUCAAUGCUGCAACACUAGCACUUGCAGAUGCUGGGAUUCCAAUGCGAGACAUAGUCACUUCUUGCAGUGCUGGGUAUCUGUGUUCUACUCCUUUGCUUGAUCUGAAUUAUAUAGAAGACAGCGCUGGAGGCGCGGAUGUAACCGUUGGCAUUCUUGCAAAGAUGGACAAAGUGACUCUUCUGCAGAUGGACGCGAAACUACCAAUGGACACAUUUGAGACUGUGAUGGACCUUGCAACUGAAGGGUGCAAAGCGAUCGCGACUUACAUCCGAGAGGUGCUAUUGGAGAACACGAAGCAGCUGGAGUGUCAGCGAGGCUAG